AUGGAGAAGACGGAGUUGAUCCAGAAAGCGAAGCUGGCCGAGCAGGCUGAGCGCUACGACGACAUGGCCACCUGCAUGAAGGCCAUGACGGAGAAGGGGGCUGAGCUGUCCAACGAGGAGCGCAACCUGCUGUCGGUGGCCUACAAGAACGUGGUCGUGGGCCGCCGGGCCGCCUGGAGGGUCAUCUCGAGCAUCGAGCAGAAAACCGACACCUCCGACAAGAAGUUGCAGCUGAUAAAGGACUAUCGGGAGAAAGUGGAGUCUGAGCUGAGUGGGAAUCCAGAAGUAUUAGAUUGA